AUGGAAGAGGAGAAAUAUCUGCCUGAGCUGAUGGCAGAGAAAGAUAGCUUGGACCCAUCUUUUGUGCAUGCAUCGCGCCUUUUGGCGGAAGAAAUUGAAAAAUUUCAAGGUUCUGAUGGAAAAAAGGAAGAUGAAGAAAAGAAAUAUCUUGAUGUCAUCAGCAACAAAAACAUAAAGCUCUCAGAAAGGGUAUUGAUUCCUGUCAAGCAAUAUCCAAAGUUCAAUUUUGUGGGGAAAUUGCUUGGACCAAGAGGAAAUUCCUUGAAGAGACUACAGGAAGAAACAGGUGCUAAAAUGUCUAUCCUGGGCAAAGGAUCAAUGAGAGAUAAAGCAAAGGAAGAAGAAUUAAGGAAGAGUGGGGAAGCCAAAUAUGCCCACUUGAGUGAUGAACUUCAUGUAUUAAUUGAAGUGUUUGCUCCACCUGGGGAAGCUUAUUCACGAAUGAGUCAUGCAUUGGAAGAGAUUAAAAAAUUCCUGGUUCCCGACUACAAUGAUGAAAUUCGUCAGGAACAACUACGUGAGUUAUCUUACUUAAAUGGCUCAGAGGACUCUGGUCGUGGCAGAGGUAUUAGAGGCAGAGGGAUCAGAAUAGCUCCCACAACCCCUUCAAGGGGCCGUGGGGGCGCCAUUCCUCCUCCCCCACCACCUGGACGAGGUGUACUCACCCCUCGAGGGACUACUGUGACUCGUGGAGCUCUUCCAGUGCCCCCUGUAGCAAGAGGUGUCCCUACCCCACGAGCCCGGGGGGCACCGACAGUGCCGGGAUACAGGGCACCCCCUCCUCCAGCCCACGAAGCUUAUGAAGAAUAUUCGGUACUACCUCUUGUUCUUUUUGUUGAGACUAUUCAGAAAGACCACCCAGGGUAUGAUGAUGGCUACGGGGGUGAAUAUGAUGACCAGACCUAUGAGACUUAUGAUAACAGCUAUGCCACUCAAACGCAAAGUGUCCCUGAAUACUAUGACUACGGUCAUGGAGUAAGUGAGGAUGCCUAUGACAGCUACGCCCCAGAAGAAUGGGCCACAACCCGCUCCAGCCUGAAGGCACCACCGCCAAGGUCAGCCCGAGGGGGAUACAGGGAGCACCCCUAUGGUAGAUAUUGA